AUGUCCAUCCCCUCGACACCCGCCGCACCUGCAUCUACCCCCUCAACACACUCCCUACCAACCCAUGGACCCCCGCUGAACUCCCACCUACGUCGCGCUCCCUGA